AGACAGGAGCGUAAGCUUGUCCGUGAUUGUUUGUCCGCGUUCGACAGGUCUUUGAAAUAGCGUGCGCGCAAUCAGUGGACAGUACAUCUAGGGAUAACCGAAUCCGUAUAACCAGUUCCGAAAUAAAAAUUUUGGAAGGGCUGGAAAACGGGGACUGCGGAGGGACUGCAGUUAAUACGGGCUUGUGUGUGGGCAUAUAAUAGCCGAUCGGGCAUACUGGUGACACGACUGCGGAUUUUCCUUCGACAAGAAAGAACAUACGAAGCUCGCAAAGUGCAUGUGCUAGUGUGCGUGUCACUGGAAAGAGUUCAGAGCCGCUUCGGCGGCGCUCCCAAAUCUAACCGCAGAUUCGAGUCUGUGGUGGUGAGUCCGCGGUACUAUCGGGGCACGAUUGAGUACGAUCACGAUCGCACGCGGCGGGGCCGUUUGUAAUGGAGGAGGUUUCCGAGUGUAUUCCCGUGCGACAGAACAGUCACGGCGAUGCACGCCGUAUUGACUGAAACGCGAUAUUUAUCGUUGACUAUUCCUCCCGGCCGGCCGGGCGAGAGAGACAAGUCGAAAUUGGUAUGGAAUCGUCCAGGGUCCACGACACGACGAACACUCGCUCCCGUUUGUGAUAACCACUAGCCGCUUAGAAAGAGAUAGAAGAAGGAAAAAAAGAGAGAUAGAGCUGUGUGUGUUUCGCGCGUGUUCUCAUCUGCCCUCUUCAUUCCGUCUUUAAGUGUAAACAUUUCCUGAAAUUCGCUUCGAGGUUAGGAUAGCAUGGGGAUUGAUCCCCUGAAGGCAUCGACCGACGAACCGUGACACCUGCGACUCGCCGUGUACGGUGUGUGCGUGUGUGUGCGUGCAUGUGUGUAUCCUCCCAGGAAGCCGCUGGAGUAUUAUUUUCCAUCGGCGGCCAUCCAAGGGAAGAGCAAAGAAGAAAAUAUGUCAAGAAUGGGGAUCGAUCCUCGAUUAAAAAACGUCGUGCAUCGUUUACAUAAUUAAUUCGACCCGGGACUAAUAUCGGGAAUUUUUUAUCGUAAAAUCGACCCUUUCUGUCACGUUAAACAGACUGUCGCGGAUUACUCUGUCACGGCAGAGGACACUCGCACCAUGCAUAAAAAAGACGUUAGAGACGCACAGCUACAGCUCGCGCGUAGCUCGGAACGCGAUCAGGAAACGACCAAGAAGACCUUCCGUGGUAGCAGUAGUGUUGCCAAACCCAACCCGUAUUCCUCCAGGUAUAGUGUCACCUCCUCUAAUGCGCUCACGGUCGGUCCCAACUUCCGUGUCGGCAAGAAAAUAGGUUCUGGCAACUUCGGGGAACUUCGACUUGGGAAGAACCUCUACAAUAACGAGCAUGUAGCAAUUAAAUUGGAACCAAUGAGGUCAAAGGCGCCGCAGCUACACUUAGAAUAUAGGUUUUACAAAUUAUUAGGUACACUUGAGGGUAUACCAGAGGUAUACUACUUCGGUCCUUGGGGGAGGUACAACGCCCUGGUGAUGGAACUUCUCGGACCAAGUCUGGAGGACCUGUUCGACCUCUGCGGUAGGAGGUUUACCCUAAAGACCGUACUCAAAAUCGCCACACAGAUCCUCCACAGGAUAGAGUACGUUCAUAGUCGGCAUUUGAUCUACCGCGACAUCAAGCCGGAGAACUUCCUGAUAGGACGAAGCACAACCAAACGAGAGAAGAUUAUCCACAUCAUCGAUUUCGGACUGGCCAAAGAGUACAUAGACCUGGAGACGAACAAACACAUACCGUAUCGGGAACACAAAAGCCUGACGGGCACAGCGCGUUACAUGAGCAUCAACACGCACCUUGGAAAAGAGCAGAGCAGAAGAGACGACCUAGAAGCGUUAGGGAACAUGCUGAUGUACUUCCUGCGCGGCAGCCUGCCGUGGCAAGGGCUGAAAGCGGACACGCUGAAGGAAAGAUAUCAGAAGAUCGGCGACACGAAGCGGAACACGCCGAUCGAGGUUCUCUGCGAUGGACACCCCGAGGAAAUGGCUACGUACUUGCGGUACGUGCGUAGAUUGGAUUUCUUCGAGACGCCCGACUACGAGUACCUGAGGAACCUCUUCCACGAUCUCUACGAGAGAUGGGGUUUCGUCGAUGACGGCGAGUUCGACUGGACUGGCAAGACGAUGCCAUCCAACUUUGCGCAGCUUAGAGCUCUGAGGAUGGCUCCCCCUUCUCACGUUGGAAAGACCAAAUCUGAUAAGUCUACGCCCGUUGGAUCCUUGCAGACUGGACAAGAGAUCGUUGUAUCUCCGAAUCGUGAUCGACACCCGUAUAAGGAAUGCGAUGAUUUCGAGGAAGAUGUAGUCCUCACGUUGGAUGAGGUUCACAUCGAAAUGCAAGGCAACUACGAUGUGACAGAUCCAGGGGUGGGAGGCGGGGGCGGUAAAUGGGUGGGAACCUCGAGGACAGAUACUGCGAAGCAAUCAGGAGCUGGUGGUACAUUGACACCCGCUGAUAGGCAUGGUUCUGUACAGGUGGUGUCCUCGACGAACGGGGAACUAGCCAAUGAUGAUCCUACAGCAGGACACUCUAAUACGCCAAUCACUGCGCCUCAAGAAGUGGACAUGGUCGACGAAACCAAUGUUUGGUUUAUUUGCAGAUGCUGUUGUUUCUUCAAGCGGAAGAAGAAGAAAAGUGGAAGACAAAAGUGACUGUCUGUUAUCUUCAAUCUUGGGGGGGACAAUACAGUGCGCGUGUAACAGAAGUGCAGAUGAAGUUUUUGGGGAACGUGUUGCGGCAGUGCGCGAAGGGACCGUGGACAAGAAAAGCUGCAGCCGAUCCGGAAAGGGGGAGGCCGUUACCUUGCUACGUGCCGGAAGUCGAUCCGCUUCUCAAGAUUCGGUGCUGCACACCAUCAUCGUCACGAUGACACGCCGCCGUCGUUAUCAAAUUAAACCACCACACAGCCAUCAUUAUUACUGCUACUAUUAUUACUAUUAUUAUCAUUAUUAUU